UGAAGGCAGCACGGUCGCCCCUCAACUUCAAACUCUGCCGUCAGAGCUGCGAUCGGGGGUUCUUCCAUGUGCCGGGCCAUCUGCGGUGAUGUCAUCGUCACGGUGGGCGUCAGUGGGCGGUGCCGCCGCUGCAAGCUCCGGUCGGAGGCUGCAGCUUUGAAGGAGAGAGAGUGAAAGUUUGCAGAGAAGGGGAGUCAGCAGCUGUCUGUGGGCUCUUUUUUGGUUUGUUGCUCUGCAGCCCACGGGACACGGGACACGGAAAUUCCGAUCACCAUGCCGACCACCCAGUGCCAGCCCCGCUGCGCUGUCCUCCUCUUGGUGCUGCUGCGGCUGGCUCUGGCCCAGUACGAACACCUCGGCUACCCUCCGGGUUUCCCCAACCCAGAACAGGAGCAGUACAGCGCCCCCCAGCUGGCGCCGGACACGCCCCGCAUCCAGCUCCGCUUGGCGGGCGAUAAGAGGAAGCACAACGAGGGCCGCGUGGAGGUCUUCUACAACGCCGCGUGGGGAACCGUCUGUGACGACGACUUCAACAUCCACGCCGCUCAGGUGGUGUGCAGGGAGCUGGGCUACCUGGAGGCCGUCUCCUGGUCCCCGUCCUCCAAAUAUGGGAAAGGAGAAGGACCCAUCUGGUUCGACAACCUGCGCUGCACGGGCAAAGAAAGGACGUUGGCGCAGUGUCCUUCCAACGGAAUCGGCGUCUCGGACUGCAAACACAGCGAAGAUGUGGGCGUGGUCUGCAGCGACAAGAGAAUCCCGGGCUUCAAAUUUGUCAACACCAUGCCCAACCACGUCGAGAGCCUUGAUAUUCAGGUGGAAGACGUGCGCAUAAGAGCCAUCCUGUCGUCCUACCGCAAGCGGAUCCCGGUGACCGAGGGCUACGUGGAGGUCAAGGAUGGCGGCAAAUGGAAGCAGAUCUGUAACUCGGAGUGGACGCAGCCAAACGCCAGGGUCAUUUGUGGCAUGUUUGGCUUCCCCGGGGAGAGGAAGUACAAUGCCAGAGUUUACAAGAUGUUCGCCCGGCGGAAAAGGCCCACAUACUGGGACUACGCCAUCAACUGCACGGGCAACGAAGCCCAUUUGUCCAGCUGCAAACUGGGCCGGUCGGCAUCCAUGAAGUCCAAUGGGAGCUGUCCUGAGGGGUCGCCCGUGGUGGUGAGCUGCGUCCCCGGCAGAGACUUCGCCCCGACGCCCAUGACGGGCUUCAGGAAGGCCUUCAGACAAGAGCAACCGCUGGUUCGCCUUCGCGGGGGCGCCAUCGUGGGCGAGGGCCGAGUGGAGGUGUUGAAAAACGGGGAGUGGGGCACCAUCUGCGAUGAUAACUGGAACCUCCUGUCUGCCACCGUGGUGUGCCGAGAGCUGGGCUUCGGCACGGCCAAAGAGUCCCUGUCCGGAGGUCGAUUGGGUCAAGGCAUGGGCCCGGUCCAUAUGAACGAGGUGGAGUGCUCUGGAUUUGAGAAGUCCAUCACAGAGUGUUCCUUCAACAAGGAGGCUCUUGGUUGCAGCCAUGAGGAGGACGCGGCCGUGAGGUGUAAUGUUCCUGCGAUGGGCUUCCAGCAGUCGCUGCGUCUGAGCGGAGGUCGCAGCCCCUUCGAGGGCCGCGUGGAGGUGCUGGUGGACAGGAACGGCUCUCUGGUGUGGGGGACGGUGUGCAGCGAGAGCUGGGGGACCAUGGAGGCCAUGGUGGUCUGCAGGCAGCUGGGCCUGGGCUUCGCCAGCAACGCCUUCCAGGAGACCUGGUACUGGCCCGGAGAGGUGAGUGCCGACCCGGUGGUGAUGAGUGGCGUGCGCUGCUCCGGUACGGAGAUGUCUCUGUCCCACUGCCUGCACCACGGGGCUCACCUCAGCUGCGCCAAAGGAGGCGGACGCAACGCCGCCGGAGUCUCCUGCUCGGAGACGGCUCCCGACCUGGUGUUGAACCCUCAGGUGGUGGAGCAGACCACCUACAUGGAGGACCGGCCCAUGUUCAUGCUGCAGUGUGCGUACGAGGAGAACUGUCUCUCCUCCACCUCCAGCCAGGCGCCGGCCAACUCCUACCGCCGGCUGCUCCGCUUCUCCUCCCAGAUCCACAACAACGGCCAUUCCGACUUCCGGCCCAAAGCCGGCAGACACUCCUGGGUGUGGCACGACUGUCACAGGCAUUAUCACAGCAUGGAGGUGUUUACACUCUAUGACCUGUUCACCCUUAAUGGAACCAAAGUGGCAGAGGGACACAAAGCAAGCUUUUGCCUGGAGGACUCGGAGUGUGAUGAAGGUAUUGAGAAGAGGUACGAGUGUGCUAACUUCGGAGAGCAGGGUAUCACUGUGGGCUGCUGGGAUACCUACCGACACGACAUCGACUGCCAGUGGAUCGACAUAACUGAACUCAAACCUGGCGAUUUCAUAUUCCAGAUAGUCAUCAAUCCAAACUAUGAGGUACCGGAGUCCGACUACUCCAACAACAUCAUGAAAUGCAGAUGUCGAUAUGAUGGCCAUCGCGUGUGGAUGUACAGCUGCCACAAUGGUGGCUCAUUAAGCACUGAAACAGAAGAGACGUUCCCGGGCCUCCUCAACAACCAGGUGACCCACAGGUAAAGAGCGAGCAGUGCAGACGGGGCAUCCGCGGCCCGCCGACCACUGCGCACCACUUGGAUUCCCCCCCCCCCCCCCCCCUGCCCCGCCCCCUGGCCAGCCCUGCCUUUGAAAACACAUCUUUUGGAUGUUCUCAGUUAUCCACGAGGCAGCUGAUUUUCUUCUUCGACCCUUCGUUCUUCUUUACAUACACGUCCCCGCCCCCCCCCCCCCCCGAGUUGAGAUCAAGGAAAGGGCAAAGCUCUUCUUGUGCUAUGGGGAUUUUCUUUUUUUUUAAUUGAUUGAUAAAAGAAGCCUGCUGGGAAGGUGCAGGUGUUUUAAUCAAAGUGCAGCAUUGGGGAAUGUCAUCAAGGUGAGUUGUCUCUAAAGUGCAGCACUUUAGCAGGAACCCUGCUGCAACGCUCUGUGUUCAAAGCUCACCUCGGACAGGUUGGAGGUCAAUGCCAGUGGCCCCCCCCCGGGGAGGAAUCAUCGAUAACACCAGUAGUCUGUCUCUGGAAGCUAAUGCAGCAGCAUUCUUUCACUUUCGUAGAGUGCCUUUUACCCACUUAGGUUGACACACACCGAGUUUAUGCUAUUCAGGCGGACUGAGAAUUCAUUCUUUGCGUCAGUUCUUGAAGAAGAGGAAGAAGAGGAAGAAGAGGAAGAAGAAAGUAUCCUUUAUUAAUCUCCGUGGGGAAAUUGCUCUCCGCAUUUAACCCAUCCCACGCAGCGCGAGCUGCCGUGAAGGCGCCCGGGGAGCAGUUAGGGGUCGGGUGUCUUGCUCAGGGACACUUUGACACUGGACAUGGAGCAGCAGCUUGGGUUCAAAACGGGCAACACCCUCCCUACUCCGUGUGCCACAAUUGCACCCUCUUUAUUGGACUCAUCCAAAAGUGAUCCUCUACAGCUAAAAUAUCACAUGCCCCAAAGUCCUAUUUAAAUAACUGAUAUAAUAAAAUAACACAUAUUCCAGAAAAAGUGGCGGGCCAAUCAAUGGAGUUUCAGCUCCAGAUAAACGCAGUUAAUGGAGGUCAAUCCACUUCCCAGUGGCAGUGCUUAAAUAAACCCGUAUUUAAAACAUUCGAUCCAAUCCCAGACUUUCUUCCUCAGUUCGUGGUAAUGGGCCCGAGAUGAACCACUCCGCUCUGCCACCGAUAAAAAAAACGCAGUCAAUGGUUGUCCAUUCGCCUGUCACCUCAGCUGUCAAUCAAACACGUGAACACCCCCUCACAGGCAUUUCUUCUUAUUCCAAACAGUUUUUAUUUCUCUUAAUUUGUUUUCUUUAAUAUGUUUUAUUAUUGAUACAGAGGGAAAAGUGGCAGGACUGUUUUCAGCCUAUUUGUAACUACAGCAAGAUAGAGCAGAGUUUUACAGCAACAUGCUUUGAAUAAAGGAGCAUUUUCCUCUCCUUUCUAUUCAGAGAAAGCUGAUGGAAUGGCACUUCUCCCCCUUUACAGUCCGAGUUGCAGACAUUAGCUAAUUACAGUUUUUUUUGUUGUGUUUUAUCCCUUGUUUUUCCUUUUCUAAUGGUGCUAUCGAACUGUUCCUCUGUUUUGUGAGGUUGCAGUGGGCUACAUGUUGAACUGCCACAUUAUGUAAAUGGACAGCAUACUUGAACAGAGCGCAAGAAACUAUUUGCUUUGUGUGUUAAACUAUAUUAAAGGAGUUAUGGGGCAACCAAGUCUUUGCUACUUAGUGUUGUCGUUUUUCUUAAUUACCACAUUAUGUGUGGAUUGUUGUAUGAAUACAAAUGGUUGUGUGCAUCUCCUCAUUAUUUUUGACCUUAUCAGUGGUGAAUUCAAAACAUUACGUUAACCUCAUGUGAUCUUCAAUUAUAAACCGGUAAACUGCACUAAAGACCCCCCAAAACAUUCCCCUUUGCUGCGCCCUUCAUCCGAAGCCUAAAACGGUGCAGCACUGACCAGUUGUGGCUCAAAUCAAACACCAAAUUUUUCUGAGAGGGGUGAGAGGGCUUCAUAUUCACCCCCUGUAGUUUUGACUCAGUCCUGUAAUUUUGUGAAUAACAUUUGUUUUCAUUCUUCACUUAUAUAUAUUUUUUGAUAUUGCCAUUUUAUAUUUUCAAGUUUCAUAUUUGUAUCACAUUCAUUAAAGCAAGGGAGACAUCACACAGAAGAACUAUGGACAUGUUGAUGUUGUUAAACAGAAAAAGACAGCGUUUGUUAGUGACUGUUCACCUCUCCAUCAAGUUUGCUGUAUCUGGUUUGGAUGCUCAUUGCUCCUCUCCUCCAGCUGGAGGCGCUGUAGGACAAACCAAUAAAACUUGCUUCUUACCCUCAGCAGUCGGGCUUCCCCAAUGUAUUAUCAGUAGCGGAUCAUUGUUGUAGAACAUAAA